GUGGAUUCUUCUGUGGGAUCAGAGGGCACGCCUGCUGUAAUCAGAAAACUCCAAGAAUAGCAUCAGGGAUGGAUGAACAGGCUCUUUUAGGGCUAAAUCCAAAUGCUGAUUCAGACUUCAGACAAAGGGCCCUGGCCUAUUUUGAGCAAUUAAAGAUUUCCCCAGAUGCCUGGCAAGUGUGUGCAGAAGCUCUAGCCCAGAGGACAUACAGUGAUGAUCACAUAAAGUUUUUCUGUUUUCAAGUACUAGAACAUCAAGUUAAAUACAUAUAUUCAGAACUAACUACUGUUCAACAACAACUAAUUAGGGAGACGCUCAUAUCUUGGCUUCAAGCUCAGAUGCUGAAUCCCCAACCAGAGAAGACAUUUAUACGAAAUAAAGCGGCCCAAGUCUUCGCCUUACUUUUUGUUACAGAAUAUCUCACUAGAUGGCCCAAUUUUUUUUUUUUUUACAUUCUCUCAGUAGUGGACCUAAAUCCAAGGGGAGUAGAUUUGUACCUCCGAAUCCUCAUGGCUAUUGAUUCAGAGUUGGUGGAUCGUGAUGUGGUGCAUACAUCAGAGGAGGCUCGUAGUAAUACUCUAAUAAAAGAUAUCAUGAGGGAACAGUGCAUUCCAAACUCAGUGGAAUCAUGGUACCAAAUUUUACAAAAUUAUCAGUAUACUAAUUCAGAAGUGAAAUGUCAGUGCCUUAAAGUAGUUGGGGCUUAUGUCUCUUGGAUAGACUUAUCCCUUAUAGCCAAUGAUAGGUUUAUAAAUAUGCUGCUAGGUCAUAUGUCAAUAGAAGUUCUACGGGAAGAAGCAUGUGACCGUUUAUUUGAAAUUGUAAAUAAAGGAAUGGAUCCUGUUGAUAAAAUGAAACUAGUAGAAUCUCUGUGUCAAGUAUUAGCUGCUGGAUUUUUCAGCAUUGACCAGGAAGAAGAUGUUGACUUUCUAGCCAGAUUUUCUAAGCUGGUAAAUUGAAUGGGACAGUCAUAUAGUUGGACUAAAUUAAUUAAGAAUGGGGAUAUCAAGAAUGCUCAAGAGGCAUUACAAGCUAUUGAAACAAAAGUGGUGCUGAUGCUGCAGCUACUAAUUCAUGAGGAUGAUGACAUCUCUUCUAACAUUAUUGGAUUCUGUUACGAUUAUCUUCAUAUUUUGAAACAGCUUCCAGUGCUCUCGGAUCAGCAAAAAGCUAAUGUAGAAGCAAUCAUGUUGGCCGUUAUGAAAAAAGUGACUUAUGAUAAAGAAUAUAACUUUGAAAAUGAGGGUGAAGAUGAAGCCAUGUUUGUAGAGUAUAGAAAACAACGGAAGUUACUGUUGGACAGGAUUGCUCAAGUUUCACCAGAGUUACUGCUGGCUUCUGUGCGCCGAGUUUUUAGUUCUAUGCUGCAGAAUUGGCAGACAACACAUUUUAUGGAAGUUGAAGUAGCAAUAAGAUUGCUGUAUAUGCUGGCAGAAGCUCUUCCAGUGUCUCAUGGUGCUCACUUCUCAGGUGAUGUUUCAAAAGCUAGUGCUUUGCAGGAUAUGAUGCAAACUUUGGUAACAUCAGGAGUUAGUUCCUAUCAGCAUACAUCUGUGACAUUGGAGUUGUUCGAAACUGUUGUUAGAUAUGAAAAGUUUUUUACAGUUGAACCUCAACAUAUUCCAUGUGUAUUAAUGGCUUUCUUAGAUCAUAGGGGUCUGCGGCAUUCUAGUGCAAAAGUAUGGAGCAGAACUGCUUACCUGUUUUCCAGAUUUGUCAAAUCUUUGAAUAAAAAGAUGAAUCCUUUCAUUGAGGAUAUUCUGAAUAGAAUACAAGAUUUACUAGAGCUUUCUCCACCUGAGAAUGGUUACCAGUCUUUGUUGAGCAGCGAUGAUCCUAUUUAUGAGACAGCUGGAGUGCUGAUUGUUAAUAGUGAAUAUCCAGCUGAACAGAAACAAGCCUUAAUGAGAAAUCUGUUGACCCCAUUGAUGGAGAAUUUUAAAGUUCUGUUAGAAAAAUUGAUGCUGGUACAAGAUGAAGAAAGACAAGCAUCACUAGCAGACUGUCUGAACCAUGCUGUUGGAUUUGUCAGCUGAACCAUCAAAGCUUUCAGCAACAAGCAGACUGUGAAACAGUGUGGCUAUUCCAAAGUUUUUCUGGACUGUUUACAGACAUUCUUGCCAGCUCUCAGUUGUCCCUUGCAAAAGGAUAUUCUCAGAAGUGGAGUUCAUACUUUCCUUCAUCGCAUGAUUAUUUGCUUAGAGGAAGAAGUUCUUCCAUUCAUCCCGUCUGCCUCAGAACACAUGCUCAAAGAUUGUGAAGCAAAAGACCUCCAGGAGUUCAUUCCUCUUAUCAACCAGAUUACAGCCAAAUUUAAGAUACAGGUAUCUCCAUUUUUACAGCAAAUGUUCAUGCCUCUACUUCAUGCAAUUUUUGAGGUAUUGCUCCGACCAGCAGAAGAAAAUGACCAGCCUGCUGCUUUAGAGAAGCAAAUGUUGCGAAGGAGUUACUUUGCUUUCCUGCUCACAGGCAGUGGAAUGAGCGAAGUCAUAGCAAAUCAAGGUGCAGAGAAUGUAGAACUAGUGCUGGUGACUGUUAUCCAAGGAGCAGUUGAAUAUCCAGAUCCAAUUGCACAGAAAACCUGUUUUAUCAUCCUCUCCAAGUUGGUAGAACUCUGGGGAGGUAAAGAUGGACCAGUGGGAUUUGCUGAUUUUGUUUAUAAGCACAUUGUCCCCGCAUGUUUCCUAGCACCUUUAAAACAAACCUUUGACCUGGCAGAUGCACAAACAGUGUUGGCUUUAUCUGAGUGUGCGGUGACAUUGAAAACAAUUCAUCUCAAAUGGGGCCCAGAAUGUGUUCAGUAUCUUCAACAAGAAUAUCUGCCUUCCUUGCAAGUAGCUCCAGAAAUAAUUCAGGAGUUUUGUCAAGCACUUCAACAGCCUGAUGCUAAAGUUUUUAAAAAUUACUUAAAGGUAUUCUUCCAGAGAGCAAAGCCCUAAGGACUGGAUCUCCCUGUGCCUACUUUAUGAUCAGGAAUUCCAGUUGAUUUAUAAGGAAGCAGUUUUGUGUGC